UUGGUAGGCUGCUCGCCCUUUAACUUUAAUUUUCUAGAGGAUCCAUUCUCGGAGUACACAUGGCCCCGAUUAAUCUACAGCGCUCUGCGUGUUCCUGCCUAUCACGUUUAUUUUGAGUUGCUGCUGAUCGCUGGUAUCAUAUGGCUUUUGUUUAAAAGGAGCUACAAUAUUCGUGAGAAAUUUGCACUAUCUGCAGUGGAGAAACAACGACUUAUUGAGGAGUGGGAACCAAAGCCUCUUGUGCCCGAAAAAUGGACACCUCCCGCAAAGGUCAUGGAACGUUACCAUCGCAACGCUGUUGGUGUUCUAGGAAAGUACGUACAAUUCGAGGAUGAGAAAACGGGUCAGGCCGGUCCGCCCCACCUAAAUGUCGCCACCCUCAACUUUCUAGACUUAAUUGGAAACAAAGACGUGAAUGCAGUUGCUAUUCAGGCCCUUCGCAAAUACGGUCUUGGCGCUUGUGGCCCACGUGGCUUUUACGGCACCUUUGAUGUUCAUUUGAAUCUUGAGGCAACUCUGCAGGAAUUCCUUAAAGUGGAAGAAGUGGCCGUUUACUCUUACGGUUUUUCAACCAUUGCCAGUGCGAUCCCCGCAUACGCCAAACGCAACGAUAUUAUUUUCGCCGACGAGGGCGUCAGCCAGGCAGUGCACGAGGGCCUGAUAGCGUCUCGAAGCAUAGUGAAGUUCUUCCGUCAUAACGAUAUGAAGCACUUGGAGGAACUGCUGAUUGAACAAGCCGAAAAGGAUGCUAGAGACCCCAAGAGAGCCAAACAGACGAGACGUUUCUUUGCUGUAGAGGUGCGCAUCAUAAUGGACGAAACCAUAUCCUUCGGUGUACUGGGUGCUACAGGCCGCGGUGUCACAGAAUACUACGAUAUUCCCAUCGAACAGAUCGACAUCUUGACAGGUAAGUCCUGCUCCAUCUGCACUAACAUUGGAACACACGUUUAA